AUGAAGUGUCCGGAGGGAGGCCUGGGAAUGUGGGCUGGGCCCGGAUGCCGGGGUCACCUGGCAGGAGCGGGCGGGUCGGAGGGGCGGACCCGUGUGUGCAGGCGUGUCCUGUGCCCGGUCGGGGCGAGUGAGAUGGUUGGCGGCGGAGUCGGUGGGCGCCGAAGCCGUGCGAGGGAGCAGAGCUGAUGUGUCAGGGCGGCCCGGACGGAGCGAGGGGCCUGAAAACGAUGCCGCGGUGGAGACAGCGGAGGAGGCCAAGGAGCCCGCGGAGGCUGACAUCACUGAGCUCUGCCGGGACAUGUUCUCCAAGAUGGCAACUUACCUGACGGGGGAACUGACGGCCACCAGCGAAGACUAUAAGCUCCUGGAAAAUAUGAAUAAAUUAACCAGCCUGAAGUAUCUUGAAAUGAAAGAUAUUGCUAUAAACAUUAGUAGAAACUUAAAGGACUUAAACCAGAAGUAUGCUGAACUACAGCCUUAUCUGGAUCAAAUCAAUGUAAUUGAGGAGCAAGUAGCAGCUCUUGAACAGGCAGCCUACAAAUUGGAUGCAUAUUCCAAAAAACUGGAAGCCAAGUACAAGAAGCUGGAGAAGCGAUGAAAAACUUAUUCCUGUGGAACAAAGUCUUUUUUUAAUGUGGAAGAAUGAGACCUGAAUCCUGAGGCUGAUGAAUUGUCACAACUCCUCAAAAGGAAACCAUGCUGGCCGUCCCAGAAGCAUCCCGCCAUUGGAGUAAACUGGAGAACUGUGGCUACUCCUGAAUUUCUCUUGGGGCAGCAUCCCUCAGAAACGCACACUUAUCACCCCCUACCUUUUACUUGAAUGUUUAAUUAUCUAUUUAGGACACCAAGUCUCUCAAAGUUCAGGAUAAACCUGGGCUUUUCAGUUGAAUCAAAUGAGAGGGCUUAUUUUCUAAGUGGCUGGAUUUUGAGUUACUGUGUAAAUGGUUUUUUUGUUUGUUUGUUUGGUGUUUUUUUUUGAGCUAAUGUAUUGCUAACAGGAAUCUAAAUUUAAAAAGGAAAAUAAAACAAACUUCUUCAGUUUCUCA